AUGCAUCAAGCUUAUGAUUGUACACAAUUAAUGAAGCUGACUGUUCAGAUAGAAUGCUUUACUGCUUAUGAUGAUAAAUUGUAUAUUGGAACUAAACAAGGCCAUUUAAUAAUUUAUAAUGUUACGCCUGGGUAUGGUGAGAUGAAACCUGAAGUAAAGCUGCAUAGAUAUCAUAAAAACUUCAACAAAAAACCAAUCAAUCAAUUAGCAUUGGUUCCUGAAUAUGAUAUUAUUAUAAAAUUAUCUGAUAAUAUAGUUAGCAUGCAUGAUUUGGCUGAUAUAAACUGCCCUUUAAUGAAUACUCUGCAAAAAACAAAAGGAGCAACUUUAUUUGCACUUGAUCAAACACCCAGUGUGUCUUUAACUGGAGUUUCAAGUUCAAUUGUAAGAUUAUGUGUUUGCGUGAAACGUAAACUACAGCUGUACUAUCUCAAGUCACGGCAAUUUUUAGAUUUUACUGGUUAUGAGCCAAUAACCCUAAAUGAUACACCUAGAGCUAUAGCUUGGGUGAAAGAAUCUAUAUGUGUUGGUUAUAGAGGAGGAUAUUAUAUAAUUAAGUUACCUAGUACUGAGCCACAAGAGUUAUUUCCAACUGGAAGGCAACCAGAACCAAUAGUUAUUAAAGUUGAUGACAUGUUUGCAAUUGUUAAAGAGUCACUCACGACUCUUCUAAACACUGAGGGUGAAUCGAUUAAUCAGUCUGCUGUCAAAUGGCCUGCUCCUCCAAUUGCAACAGGAUAUGAUGAACCAUAUUUGAUUGGGCUGCUAGGUGAAUCAGUUGAAAUAAGAUGUUGGGGACUUGAAGAUCCAUUGGAUAUUGUUCCGUUGCCAGUUAAGGCAAAAGCAUUUACCAAAGGAAAAUCAGGAGUUGCUUAUCUUGCCUCUACAGAUCAAAUUUGGUUAAUGACUGCUAUACCUCUUCACAGGCAAAUUAAAUUAUUGCUUCAAGGCAAGCACUUUGAACUAGCUCUCAAAUUAGCGAAUGUAGCUGAUGAUUCAGAAGAGGAGAAACAAAAAAAUGUUCAUCAGAUCCAAACAUUGUAUGCAUUUGAUUUGUUUCACAAUAAGAAGUAUGAAAAAUCAAUGGCAGAGUUCUUAGAACUAAAAACAAAUCCUUAUGAAGUUAUUAAAUUAUUUCCUGGACUUCUGUUACAAAGUGGCGAUGAAGGAAGAGGUGAUAAUGAAUUAGAAGAAGCUGGCUAUGUUGCUUUAAUUACAUACCUUACUCACGUGAGACAUAAGGUAAUGCUUGAAAAUAAGAAUAUUGAACCAGAUAAGCAAGUACUGGAUCACUUUUCAAAUCAAAAAAAGAAAAAUGAACAAUUGUUACAAAUAAUUGAUACAACCCUCUUGAAAUGCUAUUUACAAACCAAUGAUGCACUGGUUGCUCCACUAUUGCGAAGAAAUUACUGCAAUCUUGAAGAGGCUGAGAAAACUCUCAAAAAGUGGAGAAAAGAUUCUGAAUUAGUCAUACUUUAUCAAACCAAAGGUCUUCAUGACAAAGCUCUUGAACUUUUGAAAAAACAAAGCAAUGUUGAAGAUUCACCAUUAUGGGGAACAGCUCCUAUUGUUCAUUAUCUCCAAAAUUUAGGUAAAGAACAUUCUGAUUACAUUUUCAAGUAUGCUGCUUGGGUGUUAGAAAUCUCUCCUGAAGAAGGUCUUAAAAUAUUUACUGAAGAGGUAAGGGAAGGAGAUUACCUCCCUCGGCCAAAAGUUUUAGACUUCCUGCUAAAAGCUAACAAGCCUAAUUUGGUGAUUUUAUAUCUGGAACAUGUUAUACAUAUAUGGAAAGAGACCAAUAGCAUUUUUCACAAUGCCUUAGUACAUCAGUAUCGAGAAAGAAUUCAAUCUUUAGGACUUGAAGAUCCUAGAGCUAAUACUAUCAGGACUAAGCUUUUAGCUUUUCUUGAAAAAUCAGAUUAUUAUAACCCAGAAGCAGUUCUUAUUCAUUUCCCAAGGAAUUGUAUGUUUGAAGAAAGAGCCAUCAUUAAUGGCAAACUUGGAAGACAUGAACAUGCUCUUGGUAUAUAUAUAUUAGUACUUGGUGAUUAUAGACGUGCUUUAGAAUACUGUGAUAAAGUGUUUUUGUCAAAGAAGAUUGGAAAUGAAAAUGUUUAUAUAGAAGUUGUGAAGCUCUUAACUUGCCCUAUGGAUGAUUUACCUGGUGUUGAUACCUCACACUUAACUCAUACUACACCAGAUCUUGAAACAGCAUUGGCACUUUUGGAGAGUCAUCCUGAUCGGCUUCCUCCUCUUGAAACGCUUGAACAAUUGCCUGAUAACAUACAAAUUGGACAUUUGAAACAUUAUUUAAAAGCAGCUUUAUUAAAAUUAACAGGGGAAAGAAGAUCUGCACAACUUCUUAAAGGCCUUUUAAACACACAGAGACUUCAGGUUAGAAAAGAGAAAAUGGAAUUUGAAGCUAAAAAGAUUAUAAUUGAUGAAAAUAUGGUUUGUCCAGUUUGCAAAAAAAGAUUUGGAAAUCAAAGUGCAUUUGCCUAUUAUCCAAAUGGUAAUAUUGUACAUUAUUCUUGUCAAGACAAGGUAUGAGCCUUCCUCUGAAAGGUAAAUAUAAUUUCUAAAUUACUUGUUUUAUUUUUCUAAAAUUAAAUAAUGAAUUCAUAAUUGGUAAAUGGUUGACUGUCGUAGAUAAUGAAGAGAAGAAUAGUUGGGGUGGUCAGUCAUAAAAGAAGGCAAAAAUAAACGUCGGCAUAUGUAAAAAUAAAUAUUAUCAUUUAUUUUUGCCUUCUUUUUUGACUGACCACCCUAACUAUUCUUCUCUUCAUUAAAUAAUGAAUUAUAUUUAUAAACUGUUUCAUUUUAUUAUAAAUAAACUGCAUUGAUAUAAUUCUUCCUCAUUUCCCUGAACUUUUAACACAUUUUGUCCCUCCCGUUGGACAACAACCAACAUAAAAUAUUAGACUUACAUUUUAGCUGUUUAUUUUUUACACUGGUGGCAAAAAGUGUUUGCAAAAACUGUUUUUACAAAAUUAGUGAAAUAAAAACUCCAUUCAACUACAUAAAAGUAUGAAGUUGAUGCAAAAUGAAAACAUUCUGUAAGUAUGAUAAUAUAAAACCUGAAUGAUAAAAAAAAAAUGAAAAAUAGCAUAAAGAUAGCAUGGGCAUGGCAUGGCGCUCGGAGCAUUCGAUCUGGAAAUCUCUACACAACAAUGAAUGCCUCUAUAGAAGGCAAAAGACCAUGUGGAAGGCCAGAAACUAGAUGUUUAGAUAGAAUCAACAAAGAUGCAAUUGAGCUGCAAGCAGAUAACUUGGAAGAAAUACCCCAAGAAACCUGAUUAAGGUAGCAAAAGAUCUACUGGGUUUGUAAUGACAAACGAAAAAAAAAAAUUAAAAACGAUAAAUUCCUUUGAAUAAAUUAUUUACACAAUUCAUUUACUAACAAUAUGAUGUAAUCCUUAAUGCUCUCAUUGGUAUUAUGGACUCUUUCAGAGACUUUUAUAAUGUUUAAAACCAGCCACUGAACUGUCUGUCUAUCAUGGUGAAGACAAGUGAUUUGUGUUGGGAACUCUUGAAAAAAUUAUUUUGUUGCGGAGUUAACAAAAUUCAUACCGGAAGAUUGCAGAUUCAAUAUGGUUAAUUUUUUCCUCUGUUAGGUACAUUAUAAAUAGAGGAACUUGGACCAGCAAAACUGCUUAGGGGUUUAGAAGAAAUUGAGAAAGAAUAUCUGGAAGAAAAGGGGCAAAUCUUUUACGCACUAGGUUAUUUCACCUCAACUACACACUUGCCCGCAUUGAGCUGUUUGUAAAGCAGUUUUUAACCAAUAUGGCGUGACAUUGAUUACAAUAACUUCCUGUAUUCGCCAGACCUGCUCACCUGUGAUUUCUUUCUAUUCUCUAGAUUUAAAACGGAUAUGAAAAAGAAACAUUUUGAGACUGGAGGAGGCAAAACCAAAAUCAGUGGAUGAACUAAAGAACAUCCCAAUAAGUGAAUUUAAAAAUAGUUUUGAACAAUGCUAGAAAAGACUGAACAAGUGCAUUACAGUCAAUGGAACUUACUUAGAACAUGAUAAAAAUUUGAUAUAAAAGUAUAGAUAAAUAAAGAAGUUAUGAUGAAAUUCCCAUUUUUUUUUUUUUUUUUGUAUGUUUUGGGCUGCCCCCUAAUAACAGCUUUCACUUGUGAUAAUUUGAUACCAUUAUUCUUCAGUGACAUAAAUUUUGAAAUGACCCAUAUACAGAGAUUUUGUCAAUUUUUAUUAUGUCAACUAGUUGAAAACCUGGGUGUGCAAAUUUUUUUUUGUCCACCCUUGUACUUUUCUUAAUGUUAUCCACCAAUUUUAUUUCUAGUGUUAUAAAAAUACACUGAUUCAUCCUAUGAAUUAUCAGAAAAAAAUGGGGAUGGAUUGAGAAAACUUAUAAAUUAUUUUUGUCUGACUGUGAUGUAAUUUAUUUGUAUUUGAUAUUUUCGAUUUUGCCAUAUAUAUGCUUUUCCUAUUUUACCUUUGCUACAGAUUUUGUACUCACAAGUCAUCUUGAUAUAUUUCUUGGUUCAUCUGAUCUGUUAUUGAAAUUUUCUAACCAUUGAGAGCUUCUUGGCUUCUUUUUACUUGAUUUACCAAUCAUAUAUUUUGGCAUCAUCAGUGUUCAUAUUGUUCAUAUUCUUGAAUUUUUGAUUGAAAUGAUAAAUAGUCUUUUCUGUACAUUGAAGUGAAAUAAAAUUAUUUGUUAUCAUUAUUAUUCUGUGAUACCUAAUCCCAAUGUGCCUCCUGAAUGAAAUUUAACCAGAUUACUCCGUCAGCUGUUUUCCAAUUCUUCACUUUUGUUUCUUGUUAAAACUAAUUAUUGUAUACAUAAUUUUUUCUUUACUUUUUCAGGUUUUUGCUGAGAGAAAGUUUACUCCUUACUACCUAUGUUGUCUUUGGCUUUGAAAAUAUUUAAUAUUGUAUAUAACAAUAAGACUCUUGUAAAUAUCCAUGUAAAUAUUUAUUUUUACUAUUAUAAAUAUAGAAAGAUUUAUAUUAUUUAUUUUAAUUUACUCUAUGUAUUUUCUCUGAUUUUUAUUUUCUCUAUUUAUUUAUUUUUCUCUUCUCAUUAUUUAGUCAGCAAAUAAUAAGUUCUGUAAUAAUAAUAACAAUAAUUAGUUCUGCUGAUUGUUAAUAAAUGUAAUUAACAGGUGCGAAUCAAAAAAUAAAAUUGGAAAAAAAAUUUACUCUAUAUGAAAUAUUUUUGGUAUAUUAUAUAGACUUUGUGUUUAUUUGUUAUCUUCCCCAUUGGGCUGUAUACAAUUUAUAUUCCAAUAAAGACUUUGUUGCACUAGAGUUUUUU